AUGAGCCGGCGACCGCCACCAAUCCCGCCAACAGUGCAAAUCUCGAUUCCUGAUAUUCCAUGCACAUCAGAAAACCAUGCGGCUCCUGCCGGCGACGAACCCGCCGAAGACGGCUCGACGAAACCCGCCUCUCGUCAGCAGCACCAUCAACCGCUUCGUAGGCGCCCGGUUUCCGCGAUGGCGUCGCUUCCGUGGCUUAGCUAUCAGCCCUCACGCGACGACCAUUUGGCUGACGACGAGGACAUUGCAGUCGACUCGACCUUGUUCUUGAGCACAAGCCCUUCGUUUCAGCCAAUAGGAAGUUCGGUAAGCUCGUUGGUAGCUCUCUCACCUCCAGGAUUAUCCCCGCUAAACUUUAACGACGGAUCACCAUUCUCUUUAUCUUCAACCCCAUCAUCUACCUCGUCACUAGUCACUAGGAAUCGAUUCACCUUUGAUCAUAUCCCAUUCGUUGGGUCAUCGAACAACUCCACACCAGCUUCGGCAGGCGCCAACAGCUCGGGUCUUUCGCCAGGAGCACAAGCUCUCUCAUCAGAAUGCGAAAAGUCGGCAUUCGAGAUAGUUUCAACUACGGAGAACCCCGAAGAUAUUUUACAAAGGGUUCGACAAGGUACUUCUGGAUCAAGCAUCUCGAGGACCAAUAGUCAAAGUCAAAGUACACCAGAGCCUGCACUAGACAAACAGUAUUACUGCACCGUCUGUAAGAAAGACUUCAAGCGGCCCGACAUUCUAUCUCGCCAUCUUCGUCGACAUACCGGCGAGAAGCCGUUUGGCUGCGACACUUGCGGCCGCUAUUUCUCAAGAUCCGAUCACCUUCGGACCCAUCGAAGAACGCAUACCGAUGAGAAACCUUAUCAGUGCACAAUCUGCAGCUAUUCAGCAAGGCGGCGAGAUGUCUUAACGCGGCACAUGACUACUAGGCAUCAGACUACGGCGCCACAGACACAUCGAAAUGUUAGAAGGUGCCUCUCCGACGGCGACUACCACAAAAUGUCAAUUCAAGAAUUCCGACAACGACAUCAGACGACGCGCGAAGAGCUCGAUGUUCCCAAAAUGGAUGACAUCGAGGACGACGUGAUUGUCGACGACAUCGACUAA